UGUAUUUAACAGAUUAAAAUCUUUAUAGGUUAAGUCGAAAGAAAUCUGUCCAACAGCGCCUUACGAUUUAUCGUCAAAAUGUUUACGAGGGGAUUUCUGUUCAAAUCUAAACCGGCUUAUCAAAUACUAAGAAUGGGGAACUUUACAUCCUCUGCUCCAGCGUUGUCAAGCCCACCAUGUACUCAGUUUGUCCAGGAUGUUGUCUCCAGAAACUGUGUUGUGAUAUUCUCCAAGACCACAUGUCCUUAUUGUAAUAUGGCUAAGAAUGUAUUCAACGAGAUUGGGGCUUCGUAUAAAGUCAUUGAAUUGGAUGAGCACAAUGAUGGCCGACGUCUUCAGGAGACCUUGGCUCAAAUGACAGGUGCCAGAACGGUGCCAAGGGUCUUUGUUAAUGGACAGUGCAUUGGUGGAGGCUCUGAUACAAAACAGCUUCACCAGCAAGGAAAACUACUGCCACUUAUCGAGGAGUGUAGGCAAUGCUGUGAAGGCUCAGGGAAUACCUAAUCUCAGCAGAAUAAUUAAUAUUGGUUUUGUUGUGGUUAUACACUAGUAUUAUUAAAAUGUACUGUAUUGCUGCUAUAAUGAAAAAUAGCAUCUGAUCUGCCCAAUUGUUGAAUAAUUGAGUAUGUAUAUAUUAUCCCCCCCACAUUAUUUUUGUUGUUAUAAAUACCCUAAACAACUAACUGUACUCAAGUACACUUUGCUGUAUGUUUCUCUGUAAAAAAAAUUUUUGGUCAUUUGUUUUUUAAAUAACCAUGAGCCAAAUAGCUCUACCUCACUGUUCUUUUGUGUACAGAAAUAUUUUAA